AGAAAAAAAUAAUAAGGGAUUGUGGCAAGUCUAGCUGCUAGCCUAGCUUAGGUUGAUCUGUGAAAAUAUUUUAAGUUUGGUUGAUAUAAAUAUUGUUGCAUAAUCAGCAACAUGAUAAGCAGUCUGUUCAUGAUUAAUUCCUCCGGGGAUAUAUUUAUGGAGAAACAUUGGCGUAGUGUUAUAUCAAGAUCAGUUUGUGAUUAUUUCUUUGAAGCACAGAACAAGGCCACUAGUAAAGAAAACAUCCCUCCUGUCAUUGCUACUCCUCAUCAUUACCUAAUAAGCAUUUAUCGUAAUUCACUUUUCUAUGUGGCUGUGGUACAAGCAGAAGCUCCACCUUUGUUUGUCAUUGAGUUUCUGCAUCGGAUUGUUGACAUGUUCAUAGAUUAUUUUGGUGAAUGUACGGAGACAAAUAUUAAAGACAACUAUGUUGUUGUCUACGAGUUGCUGGAGGAGAUGCUUGAUAAUGGAUAUCCAUUGGCUACUGAGUCCAACGUGCUGAAGGAGCUCAUUAAGCCGCCAAACAUUCUACGGUCUGUUGUGAACACCGUGACCGGUAGUUCCAAUGUUAGUGAUAUUCUUCCAAGUGGUCAACUAUCGAACGUACCGUGGAGGAGAAGUGGAGUAAAAUACACAAACAACGAAGCCUACUUCGACGUAGUCGAAGAAGUCGACUGCAUCAUUGAUAAAGCUGGUUCUACUGUGUUUGCUGAUAUCCAAGGUUCUAUAACUUGCACUGUGAAACUAUCGGGAAUGCCAGACCUUACCAUGUCGUUUAUGAACCAUAGAAUCAUGGAUGAUGUCAGCUUUCACCCAUGUGUCCGCUACAAACGAUGGGAGUCUGAGCGAGUGAUAUCAUUUGUACCACCUGAUGGCAACUUUCAACUUCUAACCUAUCACGUUGGAGCAUCUAACCUUACAGCUAUUCCAUUAUAUAUAAAACCCAACAUUUCCUUCCGUGAAGGGUCCGGUAAAUUUGAACUCACAGUUGGACCAAAACAGACAAUGGGGAAAGUGGUGGAGAAUGUUGUAUUGUCAUGUGACAUGCCCAAGACUGUGCUGAAUGUUACACUAACGACGACACAAGGAUUACAUAGCUUUGACCCCGUAUCUAAAGUGUUAAGUUGGGAAGUUGGAAAGAUCACGCCACAGAAAAUACCAAGCAUCAAGGGAAGUCUGGCACUUCAAGGUGGAGCCCCACCUCCAGAAUCAAACCCAUCAAUAAAUGUGCAAUUUUCAAUCUCACAACUAGCCAUCUCAGGACUUAAAGUUAAUCGUUUGGACAUUUAUGGGGAAAAAUACAAGCCAUUUAAAGGGGUGAAGUAUGUAACAAAAGCAGGCAAGUUCCAGGUGCGAACAUGAGGAUUGAUGAGGUGCAGAACCAACAUCACACAGAGAAAUCAUUCCAUUUUAUUUUAAAAAUUGUUAUUUCAUCUUAAUCUAAAAUUGAGUGACUCGCUACUUACAGGAUGGAAUGACCUGUGUGUGAGGGUCGAGUUGUUUAAUGUUGAGAAAAAAAUCCUGGUCUCUGCAGGAUUUCGAACACAUGACUCUGGGAUUGGAAGACAAUAUCGAAAAACCAGAAGGCUACAACUCCACUUGGUAGCUCUAAAGUUUGUCCACACUAUCAAAUUCUCUUUGACAAAAACUGUUUUAUGCCAAUACAAUAUAUGAUCAUGAUGUGAUGUCAUCAUGACCAUAUUUGACCAUAUAAAUUUUACAUCAAACCUAAACACUAACUCCAUUAUUUAUUUUAGCCUGUAUUUUUCUUUUCUUUUUUUUUUUUUUGUCAUAUUUUUGCUGCAUUGAGCACCCUAAAUAUUCCCAGUAACUAUAUUUACAGUGUUGUAUAUGGUAACAUACGCCCAAGAUUUUCCACGUUGGUUCAUUGAUAGAGAUGUAUACAUAUAUUAUAGACCGGGUGAAUCUGUUUUUGUGAAUAGUUGUUUUAAAUGUUAAAGCAUAAAGAAAAAUAUGAUUUGGUUUAUGGUUGUUGAAAAGAGACUGGGAAUAAUAUAUAUCAGAAUAUCUACCCUUAUUCAUUAUCUGUGUAUUUAUUCUGCAGGAUUUGACUUGACAAUCACCUUAUUUUCAGCUUUGAACUGUAAGUCAGUUGUAAAGCUUGUUUUAAUCUAGCUACAUUUUUUUCUGUUAUUGGUAUUAAAACAUUACCUUCAAAGAGCAAUAGCAAAUAUCCAAUUUUUAUCCAGUUUUUAUGAAAGUAAUGUGAUUAUUGGUGCAGAACAAUGUCAGUUCAAAUUAGGUAUCAAGUUUUGUGUUAAUGUUCUAAACUUAUAGUAUUUAAACGAUAGCAUGCAAAUGACAUGCCUCGUCCAAUUCAAUUUAAUCAUUAUGUUCUUAUGAUUACAAAUGUAUAUUGACAAUAAGAAAAAUGUAUGAAAAUUCAUAGAUAUAUUUAAGAAAAAGAAUUAUAAUAUUUUAACCGAUCAGAAGGUGUUGAUUAGUCAAUAUGUAAGAGUGGCCUGGCACUUGCUAAUUUUUUUUGAAAGAAGGCAACCAAUCAUUAUUCAGAAGCACCAAUUAAAUGUAAGAACAAGAAUUAAAUGAAUGUAAUUAUUUAUAGAUGUUGCUGUAAUAGUAUUUGUUAGGAUUACAGGGGUUCCAAGUCUCCCGGAACUCCUGGGAGUCUCAAGGAAAUCGGUAUGGUCUCUUGCACUCCUGCAAACAAGCAGAAAUCUCCCGCAAAUUCACUUAUCUCCCGCAAAUUCUGUAAAAAAAACAAAUCUUUUUGUUUUAUUUAGGCCUAAACUUUGGUUGCCGAUUAUUUUCUGCAGACUGACAGUGCCAUUUCCGGGCUUUUAAAUGUGCCUAUUCCAAAAAAUGUCAUCACCUCAGCCCCAAUCAUGGUAUGCCUGCGGUGGGCGUGGCCCUUCGUUUGGUACCUACACUUUUUCCUCAUAGAAUAUAUAGCGCCCCCAAUGUCAUUAAACGAAUCUCCCGGAAAUGGGUUCUUCCAACUUGGGACCUCUGGGAUUAUUAGUAACAGAAUGAAAUGUGAAUUAUGAGGGUGACAUUUAUAUCGUGCAUCGAACUACUGUACCAAAAAUUUAUUUCAGUAUCUAUGUCAUUUAGAGUUUCCCUAAAGACCAUGUCACCUACAAACUUUCACUAUGUGAACAUGUGGAUAUUUGUUUGUAAAGUGCUCAGCCACCUCGUUUUUAUUAGAUUUUCAACAUGGCUACCCACACUGAAAAAUCAGUGUCUGUAAACUAAAAUAACAUGAAACUAAAACCUUGUUGAAUAAUCACAUGAUUUUUCUGUAUUUACCAUUGUUGGUCGUAGCAAUGCCCGUAAUGUGUUUAUUUAAAAUAUAUCAUGAAUAUCUAUUGUAAAAACACAAA